AGAGUACGAUACAUGAGUCUAGAGAUCUCACUUAGCGGGACGCUGUCGUCUGACACUCUGCCAAACAACACAUAGCGGAUCCGUUGCCAUAUGACAUCAAAUAAACUCCACAUAGGGGCUUAUUUGACGCCAACGCCUUCGUUAAAGGCGUUAAUAAAAAAAAAAUUAUCUGACGCAUUUUUACACGCUCUUCUCUCUUCCCCGAUCUCCAUCUUCCCAACACUGCUUCAAUCGAGCUUCUUCCUUGAUUUCGAUUUCGGUUUCCUGUUCUGAACGUGUGGUUUCUUUCCUGUUAGCGAGUAAGGUCAGCGUCCCGCUUAUCUUUUCUUCGGUCGAAUUCGAUUUUUGUUUUCUGUAAUCUCCUACUGGAUUUGAGUGUCUGUUAUCCCAUCAUGGUUAUCUCAUUAGUAAAACUGCAAUUGAUUUUAAAAACUACUUGAUCUGUGGCCAUUUUGAGUUUAUUAGGGUAUGCACGUACAGAAAGAACCUACUUGCUCGGCGGCCAUUUUCGGUUUUCAAAAAUUACUUGAUCUGGUUGCUUAUUACAAAGCAAUUACCAAUCUCGAGUAGUGCUCGUAAAGCCUGUGUUAGGUUUUCUUUUCCAUGUAAUUGUGAACCGAUAGAGCGGUGAUGGGAUGGGGUUGGGCGAUCUACGAGGGGGUAGUGGCGGUGGGGUCGCUGUGUCUGCUUGGAUGGGCGGGUCUUUGGUUCCUCAACCGGAGGCUCUACAAAGAGUAUGAAGAGAAGAGAGUGUUAGUCCAGAUCAUCUUCAGUGUCGUCUUCGCUUUCUCUUGCAAUCUCCUCCAGCUCGUCCUCUUCGAGAUCAUCCCUCUACUUUCCAAAGAGGCAAGAUGGAUGAACUGGAAGGUGGAUCUAUUUUGCUUGAUAUUGUUGCUCGUCUUCAUGUUACCUUAUUAUCAUUGUUACUUGAUGCUUUGCAACAGCGGCGUGCGGAAGGAGCGGGCUGCCACUGGUGCCAUCUUAUUUUUGCUGGCAUUUCUCUAUGCGUUUUGGCGCAUGGGUGUUCACUUCCCUAUGCCUUCACCUGAUAAAGGUUUCUUUACCAUGCCCCAACUCGUCAGCAGAAUUGGGGUCAUUGGUGUUACUGUGAUGGCUGUUCUUUCUGGUUUUGGUGUCGUGAAUUUGCCUUUCAGUUAUUUAUCCCUCUUUAUUCGAGAGAUUGAGGAGUCAGAGAUCAAGGCCUUGGAAAGACAAUUAAUGCAAUCAAUUGAAACUUGCAUUACAAAGAAAAAGAGAAUUGUGCUUUCUCAAAGGGAGAUGGAGCGAAUUCAAGGAUCUGAGGAGAAAUUAAAGGCAAGAUCUUUCUUUAAACGAAUUGUUGGAACAGUUGUGCGAUCUGUGCAAGAUGACCAAAAUGAGCAAGAUAUUAAGGGCAUGGAAGCAGAGGUACAAGCUUUAGAAGAGCUUUCCAAGCAGUUAUUCCUCGAAAUCUAUGAACUUCGUCAAGCUAAGGAGGCAGCUGCAUAUUCUAGAACAUGGAAGGGUCACUUACAGAAUCUACUUGGCUAUGCAUGUUCAGUCUAUUGUGUGUAUAAGAUGAUUAAGUCUCUACAAAGCGUGGUUUUCAAAUCGGCUGGUUCAGUUGACCCUGUGACAAUGACUAUUAGCAUAUUUUUGCAAUUCUUUGAUAUAGGGAUCAAUGCUGCAUUGCUAUCACAGUAUAUUUCCCUGUUGUUUAUUGGAAUGUUGAUUGUCAUAUCAGUACGGGGAUUCUUAACAAACUUAAUGAAGUUCUUCUUUGCAGUUUCAAGAGUUGGAAGUGGAUCUUCAAGCAAUGUUGUACUCUUUUUAUCUGAAAUCAUGGGAAUGUACUUUGUGUCUUCUAUUCUUUUGAUAAGAAAAAGCUUAGCAACGAAUUACGGGAAGAUCAUAACAGAUGUACUGGGUGGAGACAUUCAGUUCGACUUCUAUCACCGAUGGUUUGAUGCAAUUUUUGUUGCAAGUGCUUUCCUGUCUCUGCUUCUACUUUCAGCACAUUAUACAUCACGCCAGACUGAAAAACACCCAAUUGAUUAGUGUAAUUCAUAUGUAUGUAUGUAUUGAAAAAAAAAACAAAAAAGUUUGAAUCUUGCUUCAGUUAACAGUAGCUGUGAUAUUUUCAAGUGGUUACCAAAGAGUAAUUUGUCAUUGGGGUUCAAUUUUUGUAACCAAAGAGGUUUCAACUAUAAUUUUUUAUGUUUGAUCACGUCAUUAGAUUGUUUA